AUGGCCCAGCGGUUCCGCGGCGGCGGCGGCGUCGCCGGCGCGCUCGGCGGCCUGCCGCCCGGCGCCGGGCGGAACCCGCCCGUGGACCCCGCGGCGGCCUUCGCGGCCUACAACCAGCGCGGCGGCCUGCCCGCCGUGCCCGGCGCGGCGCCGCGCGCGGCGAACCCGCCGCCGCGGCCGCCGGCGGAGGACGCGCGCAAGCAGGCGCCGGCGCCGCGCGAGGGCGGCGCGGCGCCGGAGGACGACGACCUCGCGCUCGUCCCGCGGCGGCCCGCGCGGGGCCUCGACGUCGGCCCCGAGUACGACCCGGGCCCGAUCGUGAACCGCGCGGCCGACGUGCUCGUGUCCGUGCGGCGCGCGGAGCUCGAGCUCGCCGUCCAGCGGCGCACGCUCGUGGAGCUGCGCGAGGAGAUCGCGGCGCUGCGCGAGGCGCGCGACCGCGACGCGCGGAACGAGGCGCCCGCCGCGGCCGCGGUCUACAAGGUCGCCGCGCGCCUGUCCACGGACGAGCGGCGCCUCGAGGAGUUCGCCAACGUCUUCAAGGCCAUGGCGGACCGCAUCAAGGUCCUCGAGCGCCAGUCCGAGGGCUAUUUGGAGGUAGGCCAGCGGCGGCUCAACGCGCUCGAGGCGCGCCUCGGCGGCGUCGGCGACGUGGGCCAGCUCGCCGUGGCCGCGAAGCGGACGGCGGAGGAGGCGGCGAACAACUCCGUCGCCAUCGAGCUCCAGGAGAACCAUUUGGACGGCGUCAAGGCGGACGUCGCGCGCGUCGGCCAGGGCGUCGAGUCGUCGAAGAAGCUCGCGGAGCGCGUCCGCGACGAGGGCGCCAAGGUCGCGGACAACCUGCGGACGAGCCUGAGCGGCGCCGAGGCCCAGGCGCGCGCCGCGCUGACCGACGAGUCGUCCGCGCGGCGCGACGCGGUUGCAAGGGCCGAGGAGAACGCCGUCGCGAACGUCCGCGAGCUCGAGCGCCGCGAGCACGAGCGGUUCCUCGACGUGCAGACGACCAUCGACGGCGUCGACGCCCGGGUCGUCCAGGAGGUGUCGGACCGCGAGAAGGCCGUCGGGGAGGUCGCGACGGACGUCGUCCGGCGGUGGGACGCGAUCCACGAGGUGAGGGUCCAGGACCAGCAGGCGCGCCAGGCCGAGGGCGAGGCGCUGCGCACGGCCAUCGCCCUCGCCCACCGCCAGACGAACCGCGCCGUCGACGAUCUGGGCGACGAGGUCCGGGCCGCGAAGCGCGCCUUCGAGGACCGCGCGAAGACCGUCGAAAAGGCGGAGAGGGAGCGCAUCGACGCGUACCAGAAGGUGGCGACGAAGCGCUUCGACGAGCUCGAGCGCGUGUUGAGCGCGGAGAUCGCCGCGCGGCGCGACGGCGCGAGCAAGCUCGCCGCGCGCCAGGUCGCGGUGGAAGACGCGGCGCGCGACGACCUGCUCAAGUCGUGCUCGAAGCUCGGCGCGAGGAUCGAGGACGUCGACCACCGCGUCGGCGACGGCCUCCGGGCCAUGCAGGAGUCGGCGCUGACCACGGCCAAGGCCGUCGCCCAGUGUCGGGUGGAGCUCUCCGCCGCGGACGCGGCGCGCGGCGACCACGUCCGCGCCGCCGCGGACGCCGUCGCGGCGUCGCAGGACGCGAAGCGGGCCGCCGCCGUCGCCGCGGCGGACCUGCGGACGCUCGCGCUGGAGCACCGCGUGCGAGCCCUCGAGCGGGACGCCCUCCCGAAGCUCCGGGACGACUGCGACGCGGCCGUCGCGAACUGCCGGAAGGACGCGGAGGCGUGGUACCGCGGCGCGCGCGCGGCCGCCGCGGCGGCGUCGCGCCAGCUCGCCGACGACCUCGACGCCGCCGCGCGCACCGCGGCGGACGCGACGGCGACAGCGGACGCGAAGCACGACGCCUCGGCCGCGGCGCUCCGCGCGGCCGUCACGGUCGCGGCCGACGAGUCCCGGACCGCGCUCGAGGCCGCGCUCGCCGCCGAGGCGGGCCGCUUCCAGGCGAGCGUCGACGCCGCCGUCGCCGCGGCCCGCGCGCGGUCGUCGGCGCUCGCCGCGGCGACGCGCGGGGGGCUCGCGGACGCGGCCGCGGCGGUCGCCGCGCUCGACGCGCGCGAGCGCCGCGAGGCCGCGGCCGUGCGCGACCUCUUGGCCAAGAACGCGGCGUCCUGCGCGAGCGUCUGCGAGGGCCUCGUCGCCCGCGAGGCCGACGCGCGCGCGUCGGGCAUCGCCGUCGCCGGGGCCGCGCUCGCGGCCGCCGCGGACACUCGCGGCGCGGCCGCGCGCGCGGUCGCCGACGCGCGCCACGACGGCGUGCUCCGGGCCCUCGACGACGCGCGGGGCGAGGCGGCCCAGGCGACGGCCGCCGAGGGCCGCGCCGCGCGGUCCGCCGCGCGCGCGAUGGUCGAGGCCGAAGCGCGCGACCGGAAAACCGCGGACGCGGACGACGCCGAGGCCGCCCGCGCGCUCGUCGCCGCGACGGCGAAGCGGCUCGAGGCCCACACGGAGAGCCGCCACAGCGACGCGAAGACGCUCGCGCGCGCGCUCGUCGAAGACGAGGCCGCCGCGCGCGUGCGCGUGGCCGCGGACCUGCGCCUGGAAGCCGAGGAGCGCCGCCGGUCCAGGGAGCGCGAGGCCGCGGCGCGCGACGCCGCGGCCUACCUGCUGCACCGCGUCGCCGACGAGGCCCAGGGCGCCAAGAACGCCGCGCUGGCGAGGGAGAUCGACGCGACGGAGGACCGGUCCCGGCGGCGCUUCGAGGCCAACGGCCGGCGCCUCCGGGCCGAGGCCGCGGACCGCGCGGCGGCCGACGACGCCCUCGACCGCCGGGACCACGCGCGCGCGGCGCUCGGCGCCGCGCUCGACCGCGUCGCCGACGGCGACGCGGCCGCGCGCCGCGCGCAGCUCGGCCGCGACGUCGACGCGUGCUCGCGGCGCUCCAUGUCGCGGGACCAGGGCCUCGCGGCCGCGCUCGCCAUCGAGAAGCGCGACCGCGAAGUCUCCGACGAGACCAUCCAGCGCGAGCGCCUCGUGUCGCGCGCCGUGCGGUCGACGGUGAACCACGUCGCCGACGACGACCUCCAGCGCUGGAAGGACGACGAGGCGGACCGGCGGCUGCGCGCGGACGACGCGGGCGAAGCGGCGGCGCGCGCCUGGCGCGACAAGCAGGAGAAGGCGGCCGACGCCGACGCGACGGCGGCCUUUGCGUGGCGGACCAACGAGGAGAACUGGCGCCGCCGCUCCGACGACGCGGGCGAGGCCGCGGCCCGGGCCUGGCGCGACAAGCAGGAGCGCGCGGCGGACGCGGAGGCGACGGCGACGUCCGCGUGGCGGACCAACGAGACGGACCUCCGGGACCGCGCCGCGGCCGCGGAGGCCGCGGCGACGCUCGCCUGGCGCACGAACGAGGAGAACUGGCGCCGGCGCUCCGACGACGCAGGCGAGGCCGCGGCGCGCGCCUGGCGCGACGCGCGGGAGCGCGCGGCGGACGCGGAGGCGACAGCGACGGCCGCCUGGCGGAGCAACGAGACGGACAAGCGGGACCGCGCCGCCGACGCGGCCGCGACGGCCGCGGCGGCCUGGCGAGCGAACGAGGAAAGCUGGCGGCAGGCCGGCGACGACGCCGGGGAAGCGGCGGCCCAGGCCUGGCGCGACGCGCAGGCGCGCGCGACGGACGCGGAGGCGACGGCGAGCGCCGCGUGGCGCGAGAACGAGACGGACGCGCGGGGCCGCGCCGAGGCCGCGAUCCACCGGCGGAUCGACGACGAGGAGGAGACGCGGAUCCACGGCGACGCGGCCCUCGGCGAGCGCAUCGACGACGAGGAGGAGGAGCGCAUCGGCGCCGACGCGGCGGCGCGCGCGGCGUCCGAGGAGGCCUUCGCCGACGCGCGAGCGCGCGCGGAGAGCGCCGCGGCGCUCGACCGCGCCGCGGACCGCGUCGCCGACGAGGCCCGGGCCGCGACGCUGCGAACCGUCUGCGACGCCAUCGCCACGGACAUCGCCGCGGAGAACGACCGGGCCCGCGCCGCCGAGGCGGCGCUCGCGUCGGAGGCGCGGUCGCAAAGGGCGGACGCGGCCGCGGACCGCGGCGCCGCGGCCGCCGCGGUCGCGGGCUCGCGCGCGCGCGCCGCGGCGUCGGACGCGGCCCUCGCGAGCGAGGCCGCGGAGCUCCAGCGUCGGCGGACGGACGACCAAGCCGCCCUGGCGGAGGCGGUGUCGACCCUCGAGGACGAGCUCGAGGACGCGGACCUGCGGCUGGCGGCGACGGCCGCGGCGGCCGACGCGGCGACGCGCGACGCGCUCUUCGCGACGGACGCCCGCCUGGGCGAUUCCCUCGACGAGCGCGCGUCGGCGCUCGCCGGGCGCGUCGACGACGAGGUGCGGGACCGCGUCGCGGCGCUCGCGGCGCACGCGGAGAAGACCGACGAGACGACGUCCGCCUUGGGCGUCGACGUCGCCGAGGCGCGGACGGCCGCGGCGGCGCUCACGUCCGACGUCGAGGUCAAGUUGCUGGCGCGGACGUCGGAGCUCGAGGCGAAGCUCGAGGAGGACCUCGCGAGCCGCGGGUCGUCGCUCGAGGCGCGCGCGGCCGAGCUCGAGGAGAAGCUCGCCGAGGAGGCGACGAGCCGCGGCGCGGACUUCCAGCGGGUCACGGAGGACCUCGAGGCCAAGGCGGCGGCGCUCACCGACGCCGUCGCCGCCGAGGCCGCCGCGCGCGACUCCGCGCUCGUCGCCGCCAAGGACGCGGAGCAGCAGCGGUUCUACGAGACGACCCAGGAGAACGAGGAGAAGCGCGACGCCCUCAAGGCCGAGCUCACCGAGGCGCUCGCCGCGGAAUCGGCCGCGCGGACCGAGGCGCUGGCCUCCGAGACGGCCGCGCGGGCCGAGGCGCUCGCCUCCGAGACGGCCGCGCGGGCCGAGCUCUCGAAGGAGGUCGGCCUCCUGGACGCGACGCUCGAGGAGCGGUGCAGCGGCCUGGACCACAAGAUCGACGAGGAGAUCCGCGCCGCGGGCGCGUCGUCGACGGACGCGCUCCAGGUGCUCAAGGACGAGAUCGCGACGACCGAGGAGGUCAAGCGCGCGGAGCUCUCCGCGAAGCUCUCGGAGGAUUUGGACGGCAAAUUUGGCGCGCUCGAGUCCAAGGUCGAGGACGCCGACGCCAAGGCCAAGGCGCUCGAGACCAAGCUGGCCGACGUGGAGCACAAGCUCGCGGACGAGGCGUCGAGCCGCGCCGCGGCCGUCGACGGCUGCAAGGCCGCCGCGGAGGCCAAGGUCGCGGCGCUCAAGUCGGAGCUCACCGACGACGUCUCGAAGCGCGUCGGCGACGUGAAGGCGUCCCUCGAGGCCGAGAUCCGCGACGCCAGGGAGAAGGCGGACAAGGCGGAGAAGAGCGCGGACAAGGCGGGGAAGGAGGCCGCGAAGGCGUCGACGUUCGAGGAGCCGCCCUCGCAAGCGCCCGACGCCCCGCCGCCAUCCAUCCUCAACGCCGCGCCUCCCACGAUGCCGCCGCCGCCGCUCGUGGCAAACGCCGGGCCGCCGCCGCCGCUCGUGGCGAACGCCGGGCCGCCGCCGCCGCUCGUGGCAAACUCCGGCCCGCCGCCGCCGCCGCGCGCCGUCGCGGCGCCGGCGGACGGCGACGACUCGGACACGGAGGUCAUCUACGUCGCCAUCGACCUGCCCAAGGGGUCGAAGGUGCCGGCGGACUUCAGCAUCCAGCACCUCAAGAACUUGUCGUCGUCGCGGCCGACGCUCGAGCUCGCCGGGCGGUCGCACGCGGGCAAGUACGAGAUGCCCCUCGGCACGCACUACUUCUUCACGGAGAAGGAGCUCACGACGGCCCAGGAGGUCGGCGCGAAGCGGCGGCGCGAGGAGGCCGCGGCCGCGGGCGAGACCGCGGUCGCGGACGAGGACCAGCCCGAGUACGAGUACACGGGCCGCAUCGACCGCAUCCUCACCUUCGACUGA